CAUUAAUUAAAGGGAGAAAUGAACCUGACCACAAUUACGAAAUACGUAUAACCGAUAUAUCUACAACAUAGUACCCGUAAAAGGCGAGACAUACAUAUGUAUUUACCUGUGACGGGUGGAUGAACUAGAGUGUUGAUACCUGGCAGGAAUAUACAGGAUAAUCUUAAAGGGGAAAUACGAUCGGCCGAAUGGCCCAUAAAGAAAGGAGGUCGAGACACCAUCGGCACCGUCACGUUGACGACCGAUCUGAAGACGAAGGAUUUGACAAUCCACAGUAUCAGGGAGACUACUACCGGCCAAGCUAUAUUGUUCACUAUGGCGACAGACCUGGCCACAAUCCUUAUAAGCCAGGAAUGGCUUACAGAAAUGAAUACAGAGACCCCAUGAAUUAUCGCGAUGGAGAAUCAACGGAUUCCUUAUCCUCCUCGUUAAGAACGUGGAACAAGAAAUCUAAUCUGCCGAAAAUUUUGAUUGUGACGGCCAUCGUUGUGGUAAUAGCCGUAGCGGUUAUUACUGGUGUUAUCAUCUACCUUGGUGACACUCCUGGACCAGAGAAGAAAACCCCAGUCGAAUUCAAAAUGAGCAUGAGGGCCCCAUCAGCAGUCUGGAAUCCAAAUCUCCUAAAUCCUAACAGCAAUGAGUUUAAUGCGAUGUCCAAUGACUUCAAGUCUAUGAUGGAUGAUGCUCAAAAGAGUGGUGCUCUCAGGGACGUUUAUGACAGUACUGUGGUGAACGGGUUCAUGCAAGGAAGUGUCAUUGUGAAUUUCGUCAUUAAAUGUUCGGACAAUAAGAUUCCCGGACAAGUCAGCACAGCUGGUCAAGACAAUACACUGACCACCGGCAUUGUCAAAUCUGGCGUCAAGACAUCUCUGGAAAACCUGAAAGCUGGUUCUAGCUCCUCACAAUACUCACUGCUACAAAAAUUAGACACCGCUACGCUAUUAGCUGAUGGUGAAACUACUGUGAGACCAACAACUACCACUCCAACCACCACAACUACCACUCCAACCACCACACCUACCACUCCACCCACCACAACUACCCCUCCAGCCACCACAACUACCCCUCCAGCCACCACAACUACCCCUCCAGCCACCACAACUCCCACUCCAACUACCACACCUACCACUCCAACCCCCACAACUACCACUCCAACUACCACAACUACUACUCCAGCCACCACAACUACCACUCCAACUACCACAACUACCACUCCAGCCACCACAACUACCACUCCAGCCACCACAACUACCACUCCAACUACCACAACUAACAAUCCAACUACCACUCCAACCACCACAACUACCACCCAAACUACUACAACUCCAACUACAACUCCGCCCCCUCCUCCGCCGAUUUUGGAAUUUAAAGGCAAUGUGAAAGCAAAUAAUACCAAAUGGGAUGACAACCUUUCUAAUGAAAAUACAACUCAGUAUCAAGAUAUGGCUGCAAAUUUUACACAAAUGAUGGAUGACAUUUAUACCAAUGGAUCUUUGAGUGAGUACUACAAUGGAACAGUUAUUCAGGGGUUCACUCAAGGAAGUGUCGUAAUAAAUUAUUUUUUGAUCUUUAUAAAUCCUGAGACCAUGGCCAGUGAGCCAUCGACUGGCGGCGCGGAUAAUAGUAGUUCAGCGAAUACAACCACUGGUGCCAACCCCGCUGCACAUGUAGUGAUAGAUGUGGUAGUAGUUGUCAAUGUUUUUGUGGAAGCUGUGCAGGAUUUAGGAGAUACGCAUGCGUAUGGCGGGCUUUCCGUGUCAAUAGAUGUCACUAACCUUACAAUGGAAGGUAUGUCCAGUAGCUGGCCCAUUGUAGAUGAGGCAUAA